CUUCCUCAUUCAUACUCACUCACUCACCAUUUCUCUUCACCUACAAAAGAAAAGGGUCUUUCUCAAACGCACAUAAAAGUAUAGAAUCUUUGAGUUUUACUUAUUUUGUAUUCUUUUUCAAAACCAAUCAAGUUUCACCAUUCAUAACGAAGCUUACAUAACCACUAGUAAUUGGCUUAGCCUUAUGGCUUCAUCAGCAGCAGCAUCAGUGGCUAGUGGGAGCUGUUGUGUUAAGGUUAAACUCCCUGUUUCAACUCCUCAGUCUGCAUCUUCUUCUUCUUCUUCUUGUAUUGGUUUUAAAAAGCGCUACAUUUCAUGUUCUUUGCAAACCCCUUCAAUUCUUCAUUUGCCUAAGCAACAAUCACCAGCUUUUCCACCAUCACCUUCUUCUACUCCUUCAACGAAAAACACCGAGAAAACUACUCAAUCCCAACAAUGGAAUCCUUUGCAAAGAGCGGCGGCUAUGGCUUUAGAUGCGGUGGAGAAUGCUUUAGUUUCUCAUGAGCGUCAACAUCCUUUGCCGAAAACAGCUGACCCUGGUGUACAAAUCUCCGGUAACUUUGCUCCGGUCCCUGAACAACCUGUUAAACAAAGGCUUCCCGUUAUUGGAACAAUCCCGGAUUGCAUACAAGGAGUCUAUGCUCGAAACGGAGCCAACCCGCUUCAUGAACCGGUGGCUGGACACCAUUUCUUCGAUGGGGAUGGGAUGGUUCAUGCGGUUCAGUUCAAAAAUGGCUCAGCUAGCUAUGCUUGUAGGUUCACUGAAACCAACCGUUUGGUUCAAGAACGAGCUUUUGGGCGUCCUGUUUUCCCUAAAGCCAUAGGUGAACUCCAUGGUCAUUCAGGCAUAGCUAGACUGUUACUUUUCUAUGCUCGAGGUUUAUGUGGACUCGUUGAUCCAAGCCAUGGCACUGGUGUUGCUAACGCGGGACUUGUUUACUUCAACGGCCACCUUCUAGCCAUGUCUGAAGAUGAUUUGCCUUACCAUGUUCGUAUUACUCCAUCUGGUGACUUGAAAACCAUUGGCAGAUACGAUUUUGAUGGUCAGUUGAAAUCCACAAUGAUUGCUCACCCCAAAGUUGAUCCACAAACUGGUGAAUUCUUUGCUCUUAGCUAUGAUGUUAUUCAAAAACCGCAUCUCAAGUACUUUAAAAUUUCACCCGAUGGUAAGAAAUCACCCGAUGUUGAAAUCCCAGUUGAUGGUCCAACCAUGAUGCAUGAUUUCGCCAUCACUGAAAACUUUGUGGUGAUACCAGACCAACAAGUUGUUUUCAAAUUGGGUGAAAUGGUUCAUGGUGGUUCACCCGUUGUGUAUGAUAAGAACAAGGUAUCAAGGUUCGGGGUAUUGAACAAGAAUGCCAUUGAUGCUUCUGGGAUUAAAUGGAUUGAAGCACCUGAUUGCUUUUGUUUCCAUCUUUGGAAUGCUUGGGAAGAACCAGAAACUAAUGAAGUUGUUGUGAUUGGUUCUUGCAUGACACCACCAGAUUCCAUUUUCAAUGAAUGUGAAGAGAAUCUCAAGAGUGUUCUGUCUGAAAUUAGAUUGAAUUUGAAGACCGGGAAAUCGACUCGCCGUGCCAUUAUUUCAGAAUCCGAGCAAGUGAACUUGGAAGCAGGGAUGGUGAACAAGAAUUUACUGGGAAGAAAGACUCGGUUUGCAUAUUUAGCUCUAGCUGAGCCUUGGCCUAAAGUGUCAGGAUUCGCCAAAGUCGAUCUCUCGACCGGGGAAGUUAACAAGUAUAUCUAUGGAGACCAAAGGUAUGGUGGUGAGCCUUUGUUCUUCCCUCGAAACCCCAAUUCGGAGAACGAAGACGACGGUUAUAUUUUAGCCUUCGUUCACGACGAGAAGACUUGGAAAUCGGAACUGCAAAUUGUGAACGCCAUGGACUUAAAGCUAGAAGCCGCGGUUCAACUUCCGUCUCGAGUUCCAUACGGUUUCCAUGGAACAUUCAUAAGCUCAAAGGACUUGGAAAAGCAGGCCUAAUUUCAUCAGCCAUUUUGAAAAAAAGGGAGAGGUUUUACCAGAGGGAUGCUUUGCAUGGAUUGUCCCCGGAAUCUCUUCCUCUGUUUUAAACCCUGUUUUUGUUUAGUCCCUACACUUUUAAAAACCUCCUUUUUUGGUCACUAUUGUAAAGUGAAAAAGGUUUUGGGGAUACCAGCUUGUAGCUUUUGCUUUAGCUAGUAUUGAAGCUCAGCUGGUUUCUGCUUAUUAUUUCACUUAUCUUCAUUAAACAGUACAUAAAUUACAGGGAAAAAUGUACUAUUUUCCUCUGUUUUAUCUCUGUAAUUCUGUGUUUCCUUGUGAAUACUUGAAAAUUUACAGCGUA